AUGCAGCUCUCCACCAUCGCUUGGAUCUUCGCGGCCCUCAUGGCGGGGCAAACACUCGCCACGCCAGCCAAGAAAGCCGCCACCGACGGACAAGCAUGCACCGGCUCUGUGUCCAACCUGCAGCAUGACGGUGUCUGCAAAGCCGGGAAGUGCAACAUUGAAAUCACUGGGAAUGAGCUGGACAUUGUGGCCAGUGACGACUGCGCAUAG